ACUAGCGGCGGGUGUGACCAUAUUACCGCUCGUCUUGAUUCAAGCCUGAUAAUCUCGCUGCCUUCCUCCGCUGUCCCCUCCUUCAAUCUAUUCUCUUCCCGUAGACUAGUCCGAUGUCUGCCUCCGCGUCGACUGGAUACGACGAUGAGAUGCUGCUGCUCAUUCCAUGCCCUGACUGCGGCAGCCAGCUGAUCACCUGGAUUGCGCGGGGCGGUGAGAACGCUGGCGACCGCCACUACAAGUGCGCCAAGAAAAAUGUUGGUCUCUGCGAAUACAUCAGAUCCAACAGGACCUACCGUCCUGAUCUGAAUCGCCAUUUUGGAGUGCAGCACAACGCUUCUGCCUCCCCUAGUCGUCAGGGAAUGCAGCUCCGAAACAGGAUUCGUUCCCAGCAGGCAGUUGGAGCAGGCACAGCUGGGCUUGCCGAGGCUCAGAGCGAGGCGUUCCAGAUGGAUAACAAUCGUCCGGCGUCGGCGCGGUUCGCCAAUCACCCCUGUUGCUGCAUGGAGAUGGCGCGGCUUGCUAUUGUUUUGGUGGCGGCGAACCUGAUCGCAACUCUGUUUGGGAUUGAGAUGCUGGUCCUCUUCCUCGGCCGCCUAGCUCGCUAGAAGCUGCGAUCCUCUUUGUUGUUCACCUUGUCUGUUGGCUUGUUUUAUCGCUAGCAUGAUGGUUUAACUAGUCAAUAUACCAUGGCCGUGUAUGUGUAUUAGUUAAGUCGUGUACUGCCGUCUUAGUAGUAUUGAUAAAAUGUAAUGGUCUGUGACUCGUUUGCUGUAAUGGGAAGUUGUAAUGGAUCUUAU